AUGCCUGGAGACAUGGUGCCAAAGCCCGCCGCGGUUGAGGACUACUUCUCAGAUGAUGAGAAGGCUGCCGACGCCGGCGCGCAAGCCAAUGUCGCCGUCAAGCGCACCUCGCACCCGUCCGACUUGGGCAAGAGCAAGGAAACCCCGAGGGAGCCAGUUCCCGCGGACACCUUUAGCGACUCAGGGUACUCGACCCAUACCACUGCCACCAUGAGCAGCGCUGAUACCGCACAAAGCGCGCAAGCGGGCGCAACCGAGUCUGUGAAACCUGCUAGGCCCGAAGCUGCGGGCAGGACGAGCCCGGUCAAGAAGCAGAGACCAGCAGUGGUAAAGCAGCACAGCAGCCGGGACAAUCCAAGCAAGGUGUCUUCGGCCCCUUCGAGGACGGCGUCAACGAGGCAGAGACCGCGGCGAGACACCAAGUCAGAGUGCAAUGACCCGAAUUGUGUAUGCGAGGAACCAAAAAAGCCCCGCAGGCCGGGUCCCACGCCAAUUGAGACCGCGCCAAACACAACCUACCCUUCACAUGCCCAACCCCAGCCUUCGCCCAUCUCACCACCAUCUCCCCAAGCAACAAGGCACCUAGGUUACAGCUACCCGCCCGCUCCUACUGCCCAGCCUGGCCCAGCUCCCCGCCGCGCGACGACUUCCGCUGGUAGGCCAGCAACCGUUUACGGCGGCGCAGAACAUGACGCCCAAUGGCAGCAGUAUAUGGCCUGGGCCGCUGCUCAUGCCGGUCAACGUGGCCCUCCGCCCGCGACCUACAGCUAUCCGCAUCUGGCGGCGCAGCCACCGUACCCUCCAGGAACACCGAUCACCCCACCUGGUGGCUACUUCCCACCGCCUAGCGCUCCCCCUGCGCCAUUUGCACCGCCAUAUGAGCGGCCUGUUAUGCAAGCACGAGCUGCGACGGACAGAGACCUCUACAACGCACGUCGGCCGGUUACCAUGUACGGUGCCCCACCUGUAAAGAUCACUUAUGACCAGUCUAAGCCAAAGACUGAGCUGCCGUCGGCGCGAUACCCAAGCAACAACUAUUCUGCCCAACAGCCUACAUCGGAGGAAUCGUCUUCCGAGGAAGAGGAGGUGAAGCCUGAGCGAACCAAGCGCGCAAGCAAAGUUAUUAUGGGCCCCCCACCCGCUCCAAAGCGGUCAGCCAGCAACCGUCGGGCGCCUGAGGUCGAUCACUACAACAUGCGCUAUCCUUCGCUGCCCCACUACGACUCAAUGGGAGUCAACUACGACGCCGAAGAACUCGAACGACGGCCACGCCCAAUUCAGGCCGCCGCCUCCCGCAACUCUUCCACGCGCCGCAACUCCUCCAGCCGGCCCUCCCUCGCCUCCUCCGGCGCGAAGUCCUACUCUAAUUCUUCCGGCAGCGCGCGCAUCAUCGUGGAGUCCAACAACCCCUCCCACCGCCGCCUCUCUUACAUGGGCCACGAGCGGCGCGCCGAGCUCGAAGCCCAACACAAGCAACGAGAACAAGACGCGCUCUACUACGAGCACCUCGCCAACGCCAUGCGCCCCGAGCCAGGAGCUCGCCGCCGCACCCUGGACGUUCCCGUUUCACGCUACCCCCCGAACUUAGCCGCGGAACUCGCGGAGCUUGACGCCCGCCGCAAGCUCGACGAGCUCAAGCUCCAGCAGCAGCAAAUCGAAACCUACCAGCGGCUCGCUGGCGGCCAGCAAGCCGAUCCCUUCGCAGGACUCUACGGACAGCAGCUCCAGCGCGAGUCUCCCUUCGCUCCACCCGUCCAGCCCGGUCCAGGAGCACGUCUCACAGCCGAUGCGCUGCGCGGCCGGAAGCCAGAUCCGGAGACAAAAUCCCAAACCUCGCAGCGCAGUCGCUCGAGCCGGCUCAGCCAGACAAGGACGACUGCGACGGAGGCGACGAGGGCGCUCAAGGUCAACAUCGACGGCGUCAAUCUCGAGUUUCAGGAUAUGGGGAACCAGAAUAUCGUCAUUAGGCAGGGGGGCGAGGAGGGCAACACGCAGGUUGUGGUUGGCGGUGGGAGUUCGAGACACGAGAAGACGUAUAGUAGGGUUGGGGGCACGACGAGGGUCAGUGAGAGGACGAGGCCGGUGAAGGACGAUGGCAGCAAUAGGAGCAGCCGGAGCGGGAAGGAGAGGGAGAGAGAGAGAGAUAGGGACAGGGACAGGGAUAGGGAGAGGAGGAGGAGGGAUGAGGGGUAUGGGGGUUAA